GACCUCAACAAGAGAACCGAUCACACCACGGUGGUCCGUGGAGGUGGUUACUGGACGUGUCACGUGCUACAGGCUACCUGGUGGGACUCCUUAUAUCUGGUAUGGUAGAGGGCGGAGAGACGACUGAGGAGGAAAAGAAAUAUUCUGAAAUUCUACAAUCUCACAUUCUGAACCACGGUCUCGAAGAGGCAUUCCUUCAUUCUGUACCACCUGAACUGGCUUCUUUGUCUAUAGAGAACUCCCAAGCAGACCUGCUGUCUGAUAAAUACAACCCUCCCCGGUAUCGCCUUCUCUGGGACAUAAGCAGGGCUAAGUCAGGGACUGAGCAUAUCUUCCACUCCAUGAUGAAUCACGCUGUCAACAACGAGUUUGAGACGUUUGAAGACAGUUGUCCUCAACUAGCAGCCGUUACCCAGCGGUUAUUAGCCUGUUUCAUCAAACACUGUGGUCUUCUUGCUGUCGCUUUUAAUACUCACGAGAGAGACACGCCAUGUAGCGAGUUGAUUGAGAUUUACGAGGCAAUAUUCUCACUAAGACAGACUUUAGUACAGUCACGUGACGUACAGCGGAGGAAGACAUCUGAGAGUGAAACUAAACCACCUGACGCUAAGAGAGGGAGAUGGGCUACCUCCACGAGACCAGCCGCCGCCCCAAUGACAGCUACCACAACCUCUACCACAACCUCUACCACAACCACCACCACAGCUGCCGCUACCUCCACCUCCCUGACAGACCUAAUACAGCCCACUCUCCACUACUUCCAGUCCCGACCCAGUAAGACGGGGGAGGAACCUGCUCCGGAGGACACUGCUGAGGUGGAUCACAACCAUUACAGCUAUAUGUGUCAGGAGCUGAUGAAAAGAUGUGAUUUCCUGACCUUCACGGUACAAGCCGGGAUUGAGGAUGAAGCAGAGACUCCCCCUGACUACCCUCCCAAGAUGACUCUGAUAGGAGACAACAUGACACGUGACCCGCCGCUGCGCGCGCUCUCAGAACCGCACGUGCUGAUGGGGUCCAGUAGUGAGGACGAGAGUAGUAGUGACGAUAGUAGACGACACUUUUCUGAUCACCAACUUAUCAAGACUUACAGCAAAUCUUCCAAAAAGAUAACAUCGGAGCACUUGCUGCAAAUACAGAAACAACUGCAACGACUGAACAGACGCAAAGAACGGACUGUGUCCCAGUCUCUUACUCCCUCAGUGAUGGAGAAGAUGAUGAUCAGUCUUAAGAGCUUCCUGAUGAACAAAACGAUUGAACCUGAGAGCCUAUACAAGGCAAUGAAGGAUCAGCAGAAGCGAGCAAUGACACGUAGACAAGGUUACGAGAAACUUCUGGACUUGGUCAAGGAGGGACAUAUCCUGUGUGACCGGUCCCCUGACAAGCCGAGUAAUCAAGCUAGUGAGGAGUCACGUGAUCAAGUUAGUGAGAGUCACGUGGUUUGAUGAUCAGCACACAGAUAGCCCUACUGCUAGCUGCUACCAACAACAAAAGCAAAGUUUGUCACUACACGGCAAGUAUAGAGAGUUCUUGUAUCAAGACACAGAACGAGGUGGAGCUAGCAGUACACCGCGUCAUGUCCGCUGUAAUUUCUUACCUUCACUCUCGCCCUCUCUGUCCCAAACUCGCUACUGUUGCGCUCUACCUCGUCACUUUCCACUUCAAUCAGUCGGAUGUGUUUUGCCUACAUCGUCUGAGCUCUCUCUCGGUGUUUCAAGCACUACUCAGAGACUGCCAGCCUAAAACAGUCAUCAGUACUAGAUACCCUCAGGCUAGUUAUGUGCUCUAUCGAACAGUCCUACACAUGGUACAAUUAGUUCUCUCUUCUAUCUCUCUACUCCCCCUUCCCAACUACAUUCACACCCUCAACCUCCCUGGUACGAUGUGGAGAGGGAAAACAGACACAUUGGACAUGAUACCCAACUCCCUCGAUCUUCUGAGAAGACAACUAAGUUUGCUUCUCAACCUACUCAAAGGGGCACGUGAACGACUGUUGUCGGGGGAAACGCACGGUGGCAUGAGUAACAGUGGGUUCGAUACUACUUUCUGUCCGCUUCAGUCAACAACUUGUAUACACAACAAUAUUUCCCAGCUGUUUGGAUAUUUGAACUUCAUCAGCUCAAGUUCCUUCUUCUCCACGUACAUGUCCAGUCAGGGGUGGGCUGAUCUUCUUAUGCAAAUAUCCGGCCUAUCUCGAUCUUUCAUGUCCUUCAAGGUCCAUGUGAGGUUACAAGCGAUACAGCUGCUACAAAAGGUCCUCCCGCACUGCAGACCCAAGACUGACAUGGCUCUCAAUAGAAUUGUUAAGUCCAUGCUGGACACACUACCUCACCUGGUGUGGCCGGGUGAAGAGUAUGUGUAUCCGUGUAUUGAGGACACGCCCCAAAAUGAGGCUUCAGAGUUCCUGAUCUCCACUUUCAACCCUAACAACUCUGUUAAUUGCAGAGUUGAGCAGGAAGGCCAGACGGUUGUACACAACCUGGGAGGAAGAGGAUACUGUCUGGGGUCCACCGCUCUCGGCUACGGCGUCUACUCCUGGAGAUUUGUCAUCACUAAAGCUAGCUGUGCUAAUAACCAACUCGGAAUAUGUGUUGGCGUUUCCAAGUUUCCAGUGAGCGACUACAAUCACCGCACUACCACGGAUAUGUGGCUGUACCGUGGACACACGGGUAAUUUGUACAACGAGGGGGAGAUGCCUGGGGAACCUUUUUUCCCGCUCUACGGACAAAACGAUUACAUAACAGUCGAACUAAACACAAUAAAAGGGACCCUGUCCUUUGCCAAGAACGACGAGUUGCUUAAAGUGGGGUUCACGAACGUGUUCCACCGUGAGUUGUACCCUGUAGUGGUGUUCUACUGUCCUACCCCGGGCGAGUGUGUUAAGAUAACGGAACUCAAGGUUAUCAGUGUUAACUCUCAGAAUACUCACAUGGGAGAGCCGUGGUUAGCCCCCUCAACAGCCGUAGUAACGGAGGCAGUGGUGACACUCCUCGCACAUCUUCACAAGCAGGAGAUCUGGCAGAGGGUCAUCAGCACGGAGAUUGUUGAGAGAUUGGGUGUUAUCACCCAGUACAUGCAGAAAAAGGGUCAGUCGCCUCACGAGAUGGUAUCUUCAAAUGUUUACAACAGUCUCUGGUCAGCUCUCGCUAUUAUUGGAGGAUACGAUCGCGGACUUAGAAUCGGAUCCAGUGUGUUGGGCAACAACUCCUCGAACAGUGGUGUAAUUAUAAAGUACCUGACGGACAAGAAUGUCAGUGUCCUCUGGCACAACAAUCUCCAACUCAGUGGAAACUGGACAAACGACCGACCAAACACACGAAUAAACAAACACACUGACAAACGAAAGAAAGUUCCUCCAAGAUACCGUGAACUAAAUGAACCUAUAGCAGACCUCUCCCCUUCUCCACGAAUGGAAGCUUUGGAUCUGGACGAGCUGAACAUUCCUUUGAAGCACGUGACGAGUCUUAUCGAACUUGGACUCAAGAAACCCGUCAUUAUCUACAGUAACACUGAAGUGAACUAUGACAUGGCUGUAGAAGUCAACCUGCGGACCCUGUCUCUCCACUUCAACGUGGUUCGUAGCAUGGGACUCCUCCUAAAACACAAGACUUACUGCCCUAUAUUCGGUAAGCUCGACCUGGAGGAACCUGUUAAGAGACUUGUGGAGCUGGCUACAUCCACCACUGGUAUCCAGAGUCUUCAGAAGAAUGUGACGCUGGACGAGUUAGAGAGAGUAGCAGCUAUCCUAAUCAAAGAGCACUUCUCACCUACAAUUGAUAAGAACAAAGAACAACAACCUGUCCCAGUUCCUCCGCCGACCUCAACUGGCGGCCUCAGUGAGUUUUGUGUAGACUGUGGCAACCCCUCCCGGACCUACCCCAGCGGGAUCACUGUGUGUGGUUGUAGUGGCUCGUUGCCAGGGAGAUCUGGUCCUGUAGGGGGCAGCCUCCCUGCUGGUAGCAUCCAGCCUACAGGGGUCACCAUCCCUCCCCUCACCAUAGUUUCACCUCAAAACUGGCAUCACAACCCCCUGAGGAUGUCGUCCUCGCACCCUCCUGCUGUACCUGCAUUUUUCCCGCGCACUGUUCCAUCCUCUGGCAGUUUCGGUAUAUCGACACAAAAUCAUUUUCUUCUCGGAUACAAUACCCCAUACAACGCGCCGGAAGUUCCAGCUACCACAGGUGUGUUUGGUCCACCCCUGGUGUACUCAAACGUGCCCCAAGCGGGGACCAGUGUGGGACAGACUGUUGGGGACAGCUUCUUUUCUAGCGAUCAGAUAACAUACCCCCAAACCAGGUCAGUAGUUCGACCUCUCCUAGAAAUGGGCUUCACACCGGGACACAUUGACCGCGCUUUAGAGGCUGUACCUGACUCCGCCUCUAGAACAAUCGACAACCUCAUAUCCUACAUGAUAGACAACCCUAUAACUGAGGACGAGUUCGGGGAGAGUAUCUACAGAAUGGUGUCACCUAGACAGAGACUGAUAGAAGAGAUAGACGAGCGGAGAACAGGACCAGCUGCAGGACCAGCUGAAGAGCAGUCCUUAACACAAGACAACACAAACUGGUACGAAGAAGAUCAGGAUAUUAUCGGGGAAGAUCAGGAAGAAUAUCUUGAAGAGUACAGUUCUGAGGAAUACACCACCACCCCACCCUCCUACCCUAACCCACCUGCAUCAGCCCUUAUGCCUCUAUCUCCACCAGUCAAUAUCCCUCUGAUAAUUAGAGGCAUAAACCGAUAUACGCAAUCGCCACGAAUCGUACGCAGCACGUUCAUAAACAGCACUGAUAUCUCCGCCGCUGACGCGUAUGCCAGGUUGUCCUGGAGAAAUGACGUGGAUCACUUUUCCUCCAUAUCUCGGUCCCAGCAAAGUGUAGUUCAGAGACAACGUACCCCCAGCAGAGGGAGAUCCCACACAGCUCCAGAUCUACUAGGUCCUGCUGUUACUGAGAGCAGUGUGUCGGGUGAUCCGUUCCAGGUGCCCGUGGUAGGAACUGCUCCUAACUCACCAUACCCUGAGGCUUAUCUUAGAUCUGUCGGAAUGAUCUGUAAAAGAAGCAGUUCCCCGGAGCCGAUCUGUUUACCAGAAACUCCUGACCCUCUGGGACGGACCUCUAUAGACCCCUACUUCCAUGAUCCUCCUGUUGAUAUCCUACAGACGACUGUGUCCUCGACGCCUCUCCUCUGUGAACAGGCCAUGUCCAUCAAGAUGGCUGACGACAGGGUUGAUGCUCUACAGCGUAUUAUUGAAACUGCCCAGGUUUUGGUGUCAAGGGAGGUAGUGUGCCACCUGAUAAACCUAGUAGCUGUAUAUCCUCAACACGCACCUGGAUUGUGUAACCUAGGGAUAGCAAGCGCCCUGCAACCUCUCUGUCACCUAGCAGUCGACAUGGCCCAGCAGAAGAACCUGAGCAUUAAGUUUAAGAGCUUGUUCCUUGUCCCUCAGAUUAAGAGUAUUUUUAACAUGAUGAAGCUCUGCUGUAAGGACGUUAACAUCUUUAACAAGCUCACUGAUAUAGCAGUAUCGGAGAUACUAUCAGCUAGCUGUGGUAACAACCAGGAUCUUCUGGAACACGCCAUGCGUUCCUCUCCACACACCGUAGCCGGCGAAGGUGAAGUCACUUCAGAUCCUAAAACUGCUGUCUCUUUCGUCUUCUCUCAACUGGUGUGUCAGGCGGUAACGUUUGAAUUGAAGCGUCUAGCUGGUGUUAAACCACCUGUUGACACCUCCGGGGAGUCUAGUAAACCGAAAUCAGAAGACCUGCUUCCUGAAAAUCUUGCUGGAAAGUUGUCAGGCAGUACUAAGCUAGCAGACGCGGUUGCAGCCUGUGGUUACUCCAAACAUCUGUCCCAGACUGUUCACAUUUGGUCUCUACACAUGCUUCAUAUCAUUCUACCAGCUAUGAAGAGUUACGUAAGGACUCACAGGGUGGGAGGAGAAAGAAGUACUCCCCGCAUUCCUUACCCAAUAUACCUGACUAACAUGGAUCCUGCUGAUAAUCCUAUCACGAGUUUUGACUGUAACAUGAAGAAGAACUACGUGGCAACUCUGUGUAGCUCAGAUCUGUUCGUUAAGAUCUGGAGCAUCUCUAGUGCCAAAUACCGCCGGACGACAGUUCAGGAGUUUACACAGCCGUCUGACGGUCGGGAGGAGACUGAGCCACUACAAAAAGAGGGGAGCUGGAUCACACUCAGCGUGAGCGGACUACACGGCGCCGUGGUUGCUGGCAAUACUCUUCAGUUUUAUCAGUGUUCACCGGGUACUCAGCCAGUACAGCUGAUCCUAUCAAGGGACAAAGUUAUGUCCUUAAAAUGGUGUCCAGAACUAACUGACCCUGACAAAUCUGUCUUCGCUGCGGUUACUCCUACUGCUCUGUUUAUUGGCGUAUGCCAACUACCGGUGGUUACUUUCGAGACUAGCCAGGUUUACCAAGCUGUAGAGGAUGAAACGUUUAAAGAGGUGAAGUGGAGUGGAAAUGCUAAAUAUCUUCUUAUCACAACCUCUACAACUCAGGUGCACCUGAUCUGCAGUGAGUUCCACUGCCACCUACACUCCCUAGAGUUACCGGAGAUCCCACUCCGGGCGGUGUGGGCACCAAACAGUCAACUUGUACUGAUGGUGGCUAGGAACAACGGAGCUUUCCUCUGCUCUGUUACUCCUGAGAAGAAACUUAGACUUGUUCACAGAAUAACAGAACCAGUUCACCUUGCUUGCUGGAGCCCGGUUACCAACCCUCCUAGCUCAGACUCCUCCGAAACAUUCUCUCUAGUGUACAGUACGGAGACAAUAACCCGAGCCUGCUCCCUGACCUACCGUAAAGAAAAUAUCACCCUAACCUGUGUAUACAAUAUAACAUGCGGCAAAACUAAAGACCUGUUCUUUGUUUGCAACGGUCUGGUGCUGGUCUGUGUCCUGGACAACAUGCUCUGUCUCUACAGCAUGGAGAACGGGUGGCUGGUUCAGAGUCACACCUUCCACAACACCAUCACCAGGGUUGACUGGUUAGAUCACAUCGGGUUCAUAGCUCACGUGGCUGGAGCUAAAGAUGUGUGUAUCAUGAGGUAUAGUCUCAAGUUGUACGAGAAACAGAGGACUGUGCUACAGGGAAUCAACACGCUCGGGAUAUCCAACAUUGUGUCAGAUAACCCGCCCCACGCUCUACUUCUGUAUCUCAAGCGUUUCCAGAAAACUCUGUUCGAACAGCACCGGCACGAGAAACCCAGGAUAGCCUCUAACGACUAUCUGACUUUCUCUCCUUAUCUACAACUGUUGUGCAGCUUGUGUAGUAGACUAGACUUGACACCGUUGUACGCCAAGACUCCGCAAGCAUUCCACUCCACGAGCAAGGCUGUAGAAUCAGAGUGGGGCUGGUUGGACCUCUACGACAAAGCAUUAACAUUGAGCAACCUACUAGCCUCCGAGCAGUCUUUCAACGACACGCUUUAUGUACCUGGUCUCACGCGUGACUCAUCACGUGACGUCACACCACGUGAUCCGAUCACGUUAGACUCCACUACUAAGAGAGCGUUUGAUAACAAGAGUUGGAACGAGGAUACAGACCGGGAGAUAGUUAGGUGGAUAUCAGAGUAUCCCCAGCACUGGCAAGAAGGCGGCCAGUGUGAAGUGUACAUGUGCGGUGACGGUAGACACGGCCAGAUUGGGGAGAAUAUCAGGUUCAGCCUCACUCCCAGUCAUCAGAGAGAGUUUAGUGAGGCUCAGCUUAUAGUUCAGGGUAAGUUUGCACAUUCCCUGAUAACAAGACACGGCACAGUGUACGCGUGCGGAGAAGGUAGCUAUGGGAGACUGGGACAGGGCAACUCAGACGACCUCCACACCCUUACAGCUAUAUCCGCUCUUCAGGGAUAUGUUAUAACGUGCAUGUCAACAUCUAAAGGAAGUGACGGACAUUCCAUUGCUGUAACGGAAUGUGGAGAGGUAUUCAGUUGGGGUGAUGGAGAUUACGGAAAGUUGGGACAUGGAAAUAGUGAGAGACAAAGGCGACCCAGACAAAUCCAGGCGCUUCAGGGAGAAGAAGUGGUUCAAGUAUCAUGCGGAUUUAAACACACUGGAGUUGUUACCUCUGACGGAAAAGUCUACAUGUUCGGGAAUGGAGAUUAUGGCAGGUUAGGCUUGGCAAGUAGUUGCAACAAGAAACUCCCUGAACGAGUCAUGUCGUUAGAAGACUUCCAAAUCGGACAGGUGAGCUGCGGUUUGAACCACACACUUUGUGCUUCGCGAGAUGGCAACAGGGUGUGGUCGUUUGGAGACGGAGAUUACGGGAAACUAGGACUCGGUAACACCGCGGGUAGGAGUAGUCCUGCUGAGAUCGAGGCUCUCCGUGGUAUUGGGGUGAUGAGGGUGCUGGCAGGAACACAGUUCUCUGUAGUUCUCACUAAAGCUGGAAAAGUGUACACAUUUGGACAGGAACGUAUGUUAGGAAUUAACGAAAGUUUCGCAACAAAUAGCACGGUACCACAACUGGUACCUGAUCUGGCGGAUCAAGAAAUCAUUGAGAUUGAUGUGGGAGCAGAACACGUUGCAGCGCUCAGUAACAAGGGUCAGGUCUUCUCGUGGGGAAUGAACAACGAGGGACAGCUAGGAGUUGGUCACACUAACCCGGUAGCUGGGGUAGUCCACAUAGCGGCCCUGGAUAACAAAGGUGUUAACCAGAUAGCUGCAGGCAAAUCUCACUCUGCGUUCUGGACGGCUGCUAAAGAAAACACGCCUCGAGCCACGAGUUCCACUCAGCUAGGAUUACCUGGCUCCGUGCCAGCCGAGUUCAGAAGAUUGCUGCACAUUGAAGUGAAACAGAUCAGGGCCAGACUACAGGUCCUCAGCUAUUUCUCAGACCUUGUUUACUCCAGCUGGAGACUACUGACGUAUGAUCCUGAAACUAGUGAGGUUGCUUGGGUCAAUAACCCGCUUAACAACGUGCACGUGCGCUGUGUACUCGCGCCACGCGUUGCUAUGCUACCCAGUAUGAGGGCCAUUGGGCGAACCAUGGUUCAGGGUCGAACGUACGGGCCCCAAAUAACGGUACACAGACUAUCAACUCCGGACAAACCAGAAGUUCAGCCGAUUUUCACGCAGAUAUCGGAACAAGUUGUAAAGCUAUCGCCGCCCGAUCUAAGACUACCCUCGCGAGCUUGGAAGAUAAAGUUGAUAGGAGAGGGAGCGGACGAUGCCGGGGGAGUGUUUGACGAUACCAUUACUGAAAUGUGCGCUGAGCUGGAGAACGAGGUGAUUUCUCUCUUCUCCAGGACUCCUAACGGGGCCACUAACUCUGGAUUCAACCAGGACAAAUUCCUGAUAAACCCCUCAUCUACCAGCGAGGAGAAUCUCCAGCAGUUCCUCUUCUUGGGGAUACUGAUGGGUGUUGCCAUCCGAACCAGGAAACCGCUGGACAUUCACCUAGCUCCUGCUGUUUGGACUCGUCUAGCUUCCCUACCCCUUCACACCUCAGAUAUUCAGAAUGUGGAUUCUAUGUUUAUCACCAGCAUCAAGAGCCUUGUCUAACAUCGAUAAAAAUGGAGUCAACGCCGAGAGUUUCAGUAAUGUGAUACCAAUAGAAAAGUUCCACAUUCAGAACAGUAACGGAGCUCUCCAAGCAAUCAUACCAGGGGGUGAAGAUAUCAAACUAACUUUUGAUAACAGGAAAGUUUUCUCCGCCUACUCUCUGAAGUUCCGCAUGAAGGAAUCCGAGGAACAGAUAGCAGCUAUAUUGGAGGGCAUAUCGUACAUAGUGCCAGCCCCUCUUUUCAGGUUCAUGACGGGGGAAGCGUUAGAAAGUUGGGUGUGUGGAAAACCUGAAAUAGACCUGAACUUACUGACUAAGAUUGUGAGGUAUCGGGAUAUGGAUAAAACACAUUAUCUGGUGGUGUGGUUUUGGAGGAUAGUAUCUAGGUUCACCAACGAAGAUAGAGUUGCUUUGAUGAGGUUCGUGUCGGGUAGAUCUCGUUUACCAAACGACAUAGCGGAUGUGUCACAAAGGUUCCAGAUAAUGAAAACAGAUAAGAGCAAGGAUGGACUGCCAACUUCACAAACUUGCUUCUUCCAACUCAGAUUGCCUGAUUACUCAUCUGAAGUCAUUAUGGAAGAAAGAUUAAGGUAUGCGAUACACAACUGUAGAAGUAUUGAUGCAGACAAUUACAUGUUGGCUCGAAACGUUGAGAAUAACACACAAGGAAGCUUUGACGACGGCAUCAUAUGACUAGCAGGUGAGGGAGGGGGGAACUCGUCCCAGUUUCAACCCUUCCUUCAUGACACAUUGUGAUUUCACUGACUGGUAGUUCGGGGAAACAGAUAUUUUGGUAGCAAUGAACACUAACAGUUUCUUAGCCACCGA